UCCGCUAGCAAAGGCAAAGGUUUCUUCCACAUUUCCACUGAGCAAAGAGAAGCAAAUCGGCAGAGAGCGAAGCAAACCGGCGGUUCCUGGCCCCUCGCCAUGGCCGGCAAAGCUAGGGUGUUCAUGUGCGUGGCGCUCGUCGUCCUCCUGCUCCUUGUCGAGACCACCGCUCCGAGUGGACAAGCUCACGCCGUCGAUUGCGGCAGCGCGUGCUCGUACCGGUGCAGCAAGUCGAGCCGGCCGAAUCUGUGCAACAGGGCGUGCAACACGUGCUGCCGGCGAUGCGACUGCGUGCCGCCCGGCACCGCCGGCAACGAGGACGUCUGCCCCUGCUACGCCCACAUGACCACGCACGACGGCCGCCACAAGUGCCCAUGAUCCAACCGCCUUCUCGACGACCGAUCGAGGCUAAUGCAUGCUCGAUCAUGGCGUCUCAGUUAAUAUCCCAUCAAGCUAGCUACAACCAACGAUAACUAGACUACCAGUGGCACGAUCGAUAUGAUAUCAUGUACUCAAGCUAGUGCUGCUACCUAUCUACCUUGUGCUCAUCCAUUCGUGAUUGAUCCAUCGUGUAAGCAUGUUUGCUAUCUCA